UGGCAGCAACCGGUUGAAUUAAAAGGACAGAUGUCUGGUCCACCGGUGGCACCGGUUGCUCAACCGGUGAAUUAAAAAAUACACCAAACUUGAAGACUUGUGACCAUUCUGCUCUGCAUCGUUUUGUGUUGUGAAAUCGUUGAAUUUAGUGUUGAACUCCUGAAGUUUUUUUACAUUUGUUUUUGUGGUCUUGUACUUUACAAUGUCCUGUAGAGUACCUCAUAUAGAUACAAUUCCAAAAAAGGAUAAUAGCUCAGAUUAUUUGAAAAAAGCGCAUCACUUCUAUGAGCAGUCAAACUUCCCAAAAGCCUAUAAAUAUUUUGUGCAAUACUUCGAAAGUCUUAACAGCAUUUCGGAUGUUUCCCCUGAGGAUCAGGGGAUAUUUACAGGAGUUGUAACUAAAAUUGCCACAGUGCUUGAAGAAACUGAUGAUGUUGAAGAACUUCUCAAGUGUUACUUACAAACAAUUAAUUUAUUUCCUGACAAUUAUUUCAUCUUAAACAGUCUUGGUGCUUAUAUGUUCAAAUUAGGAGAAAAUGAUAUUGCAAAGAAAUAUCUAGAACUUGCAUUGGAAUCACAUCCAUAUUUUUUGCCUGUAAAAAGGAAUUUAUUGCAUUUGAGUUGGAAUGAAAUGCCAAGGUGGCAUUUCAGAAUGAUGAAUGAUAGGCUGAGAAAUCAGGCAUAUGAUAAGGCAAUUACGUCACUUAUUAGUAAAGGGUACAAAAAUGCUAUUGACAUAGGGGCUGGAUGUGGUUUACUAAGUUUGAUAGCAUCUAAGAAUCCUGAAGCCUCAGUUGUAGCGAUAGAAGAAAGUAAAACUCUUGCCAGAAUGUGUAAAGAUGUAUUGAUAGAGAAUAAUGUUAAAAAUGUUGUAAUAAUGAACUGUUAUUCCACAGAUAUCAAAGAACCAUUGGGUAAAUGUAACCUGAUAGUGACAGAAACAUUUGACGUUGCUCUCUUUGGAGAAAGAGUCCUAGAAAGUAUUCAUCAUGCACUUAGUACCUUGAAAACAGAAGACGAUUUCAAAGUAGUGCCUGCUAGAGCCAAAGUGUACAUAACAGGAAUAUCAUGUCCACAAUUGUAUUCAAAAUAUCAGUAUUUACCAAAACCUUCUUUGCAACGACUACAUUUGGAUAACUUAUGUGUAUCUCAACUAGAAUGGAAACCAUAUGAGGGAGAGUAUCUUGCUGGAAGAAAUUAUAGGUUUGUCACAGAUACCCAAGUGCUUUUUGAAGUGAAUUUUUCAGAUCAAGAGCAGAUUAACAAACUUCUUAGUAGCAAAUAUGAACACGAGGUUCAGCUAAAAUGCAAUGAAGGAGUCGUCCAUGCUUUUGUAAUAUGGUUUGACUUGUAUCUAGAUGAAGAUACAUGGAUAACUACAAAUCCCAAUCAUGAAAAUUGUGCCAAGUGUUGGGAACAAGCAAUUAUAUAUAUUGAUCAUAGCAAAUAUCUAAAAGAAGGAGACAUGUUAAAUUUGGAAGUUUCCAUGGAAGAUUGUAGACUGAGUGUCAGAACUUUAGAUGAAGGACCAACUCAUGACUGUUUCAAAGUAUCCAAGGACAUAGUUACCAUUUUAAAUGAUCAAAAGCUUGUGGAUACUUAUAUAUCUGUAGCAGAUUUAUUUAAAGACAGGCAGUUAGAUGUAAUGGACCUCACCCCAUUCCCCUUGGUAGGAUUUCUCUUAGCUAAAAAUGGCUGUCGAGUGUUCCACAGUAUGAGAAAUAAACUCGAUCAAGACUUUUUUGAUUACAUUCUUCGCGUUAAUUCCAUAUCACCAGAACGAUUCGUAAUGUUACCUGAGGGCGCAAGAUGCAUUGACCCAGAAUUCGUCAAACCAAACAGUUUGAUAUUGCAUGACGUUAUCGACACUGACGGAUACUUGGAAAGCAACUUUUUCCGUACAGAUUCAUUGGAGCCCGCUAUAGUACUCCCCGUAACUGCCUUAGCAGUCGCCAUGAUGGUUUAUGCACCAUACAUUGAUUGCUGUAAUAAGGUUAAUGAUUCCAAUACGUUGGGUUUCAAGACAGCAAAACAUAUGAAUCAGUAUUCGGGAGAUGAACAUCCCAACAUUGAAGAUCUGGUUUAUGAGCAACGUACGGAACGCGUCGUUUUCACAUUGGAAGAUGGUGUUAAAGUAAUGUCUGUCACUGCCGUAAAUACUGGCCUUGUGAAUGCAGUGUAUUAUUGGUACGAAAUGUAUUACUCUGACAAAAUCAAAUUCUCUACUUUGGAUAGCAGCCAUUACAAGAAAACCUGCUAUUUUAUGAAAGAGACAAAAUACGUGACGAAAGGAGAAAAUUUGAGUAUAGAGUGUCACGUUGAAGAUUCAGUGAUGAAGAUAACAGAAGGCACUGGACAAAGUUACAGUGAAUGACAUUUGAAAUAAAUGCAAUGCAUGGUAAAUGAUACAAAGGCUGCGACAUACCUUAUAUUAAAAAUAACACGAAAACUAAUUUAUAAGCAUAGAAUCAAAAUUCACUCAAGCGAGGUACAGGGAGUGGGAGUUGUAUUACCGUUAACGUUUGCCUUUCUUGAUAUUCAAGUCAAUGAAAUAAAUGUCAAGUGAGUGACAGUAACAUUGAUUGUCAAAACUCCCUAAUACCUCGCAAUUUUCUACAUGUAGUGAUGCCAACAUAUGCAGUUUAUAUUCAUUCUUUCAGGAAGCUUGAUCACUGGUGCAGAACUAAGGCUUCACUGUCUUAAAUAUAUUGUCCUCGCCACUAACUUUUCCUGUAUGUCUAAAACAUUUUUAGUCGAGUUUUUCUUUUGGAGAAAAUUAAAUUGAUGUUUUAGGUGCAAUCCGAAUUUUUCCGUGAAUUAAGGCACAUGAGAAAAUCUUCCUAUUUCACUUUGCCCAUAGCAUUUCCAUCCUCAAACUUUUACAUAAAAAAUUAUCUGAUAAAACCCCUUAAAAUAAAUUUAUGGGUCAAAACUAAAAUUCCCCGAUCUGACUUGGUGGGACAUAAUCUUGAAACGAGCUUAAUUUUUUUCCUGAAAAGUACCUCUGGAGGCAUUAAGCUCUGUGAAAUUUCGGGAUCUUAGGUCGAACCGCUCGGUUUGGAGCCGCCCUCAAAGUUUGUGUGUUUGUAAAAAAUGUGGAUUUUAGCGUUUUGGGAAGCAUUAGACCCCGUAAUUUAUUCCGUACAAGGAACUCAAAAUUGACCAACCUAUCCCUCUAUAGCUCUCCUUUAACUUGGUCGAAUAGGCCUUGGAUUCAAUUUUCAAAAUUUCUGACAAAAAUUGGCCAUUUUCAUCAUAUUGGACAGCGGAUCAUGUCUAAUAUAAGGCCUAAGGACUGAAAAAUCUCAAAUACUUAGGUCGAGCUGUACUCUCAGGAGAUGCGUUCUAAGUUCAAGAACAUUUCCAUUUUCUCGCUACUCUCUUUAUCGUAAAAAGCGUUAAGCCUCGCAAUAUAUGACUAUUCGAAGUAAAAUUGUUCGGAGAAUUAAAAAGGGCUUCCAAAUUUAGAUCUGCUAAUGCGUUCGGUAGAUUUAGUGUAUUUUAAAAAAUUUUCGUUGUUUCAUUGGGCUGACAAUUCCAAAACACGUCCACAAAAUUUUUUUUUCAUAAAGUAGGAUGAUCAAUCAAUCACUCUAUAUGAGUUGGAGUUUGUUCCCGGAUCUCUAAAUUGGCCGAAUUGGUCAUUUAAAUGAGAUUUCAGAUCAUAAUUGUUGUUGAUGCCUAAAAUAAAUGACAUUUCGUCUUUAAUUAGUGUAAAUAAAAGCAGCAACAUUACUGCUUUUAUACUCUGCAAAAAAAUUACUGCCUUUUAUCAUAGUUUCCAUAAUCUAUUGAUGUUAUUUUUUCAAAGCAAAAACUCAAUAAUGCAGAAUUUUACUUUAUUAUUAUAUAAUUUAUUCAUAUUGAAAUACGUACAUAAAUGGCACAAAAGUAAACAUAUUCAACAUCUAAUAAUUCAAUUUAAUAAUUAUAUGAUUACAUGUAAUAAUAACAUUCAACAAAAAUUAUUAUAUAAAUAAACUAAAAACAGCAUGUUUUCCUAUAUGUUAAGUUAACCGAAGAUUAUUUUUCAAAAUUAUAAAUACUUAUUUACAAAUAGAAUUAUUACUGAAAAAAUUAAAUAAGUAAACAGAAUAGGUAUAUAGGUAUAUAGGUCAAAAAGGCAGUACUUGUACCUUACAGAGAUUAAACAGUAUAGUUUGAAGGCUUUUUUAUUUUGAUAAAUUGAUUUGUUUUUAUGUUUAUGGGAGAUUUAGUUAAUAUGAAAUAUUUGGCAAACUGAAAUCUAACUAUUUUUGUUAAACAACGUGAUCAAUGAUAUAUUUUUACUUGUUAUCAUAAAAUACUUUUUUUACCAAACCUUUAAACUUUGAGCGCGACUCCACUCCAAACCGUCCGUCCUAGUACCAUUAAUAUUACAGAGCUCAUGCCUCCAUGGAUACAUUCCAGACAAAAAAAAUGAGCCCGAUUUAAGAUAUGACCCGUCAAUAUGCGAUUUAAUAACCUAUAAAAAAUAUUCGUAUAAAUACAGGUUCGGAAAUACAACUUUAACGCCAUGAAUCUGGCAAUAGAGCGUAUUUUUACGAACUAUUCAAAUUAUUUCUCAAUAUAUCUUCUAUUUUAGAGAUAUUGCAAUUGGUUUUUGAAUUAUUAUGGUAACCCGAUUUUUUAAAAUCUUACUAACUGCACGUAUUUAUUUUCAAUUUCAUUCAGUGUAACUGUAUUCCGAGGUUAAAACUCUCAUGUACUCCACUAGUUGUACAAAAAUACUUUGUAUAUAACUCUUAAGACUAUACUUUAUUAUUUAAUGUUAAAGGUUUUUAAAGGUAGUUGUAAAUAAAAAUGAACACUAUCGA